AUGUCUUCCGUCCCCCCAGAACUCAGCGACUACAUUAUAGACUUUCUGUACGACGAUCCUCGGGCACUGGCAGCUUGCUCACUUGUCUGCCGUGACUUCCUGCCUACCGCCCGUUUUCACUACUUUUCCAGCAUCCCGUUAUACGGUAUUAGGCGAUAUGUAAGCUUUGCCAAGCUGCUCGAAGGAUCGCCUGCACUUGGACGGUACGUCCGCGAGGUGAACAUUAGAAGCCUCACUCCAAUCCGUCCGGGCGAGGUGCCGCUCGUGGAGAAACCCCUGCCCAACAUUGUGGCGCUUCUGCCACAGAUGAAGACCCUUGAUAUGUCGUCGCUUGAUGUCAGCAACGCGGUGAAGACAGUGCUCACCCAAGCCACUCCUGUGACCGAGUUGCGCGUGCAGUAUUGCGUCUUCCCUUCCUUUGACGACUUUGUCGAGCUCUUCUACUCCUAUCCCCGCAUCGAGGAACUUACUCUCCGCGGUGUCUCAUGGAGGUCCCUGUUCCAUCACUCUCGGGACCACAUCACUCCGGCACCGCAACUGCGCAAACUCGCGUUGGGCAGAGACGUCGACGCCAAAACCAUCAUCGAUUUCAUGAUUGACGGGAACCAUAUCCCCCACCUCGAAACACUGUCGGCGUGCUGUAUUUGCGACGAGGACGCCGCCGCCGUAGGGGCGCUGCUGGACACCUUGGGGUCGUCUCUAAAACAUCUCGAACUCGAGUGGAACCCCUUGCACUCCGCAACGAAUGCACUCUUCCUGCCCAGUGGACUAUCGAUACAAGCAUGCGACAACCUUGAGACACUCUUCUUGCGCUGCGUCAUUACCGUAGGCCACUCGAUACCUUGGGCCUCGUCUCUUUUGGCGGAUCUGCGCGCGACUGCCAUCAAGAAGAUUAGUAUAGAGAUUCGUCUCCUCGGAGAUCUCGAUGCGGUCAACUGGACCUCGCUGCAGAGGACCCUCAUCGACGCGAAGUUUGGCUGUUUGCAGUCCGUCACGUUCAAAUUGAAGAUUUGGUCCGGCGUUGGUCUUACUGCCCCGGAGGUGGAGGGGAUGAUUCGCGAACGAAUCCCUUUACUGGAGCGCAAGGGGAUCGUGCAUGUCACAAGCUGAACGUCUUGUACCGCCUUCGCGGGAGGCUGGUGCUGCCGUACUUACCGUUUCAUGUCUCGUACAUAGCCUUAUAAUUAAUCGUUCUGUGAACUGGA